GGUGAUCUAGAAGCUGGUUACCUGUAGCUCAUCACAUUUUCCUGGGUAUAGGGAAUGGAGGGUCCCUGGGAAAGACAAGAAGAUUCAGGUACCAGCGUCUGGGCAGUGCUGGAGCUUCAGGAACUGGGUCCAGCCCUCGACGGACCUCUGCCCUGACCCUCCCCAGUGGCCUUCUUUGUGUCAGCUGCUUCGGCUGCUGCAGCAGAUAGUUUCAGCGGCAACUCCCUGCAAGGUGGGGCACCCAUCUCAGGCAGGUUUUGUGCACCCCACUGACUACUCCCCAGGGCUGCCACACUGCCUGUGGCUUCAGGAUGAAAGGGGAGACCCCUGUGAACAGCACUAUGAGUAUUGGGCAAGCCCGCAAGAUGGUGGAACAGCUUAAGAUUGAAGCCAGCUUGUGCCGGAUAAAGGUGUCCAAGGCAGCAGCAGACUUGAUGACUUACUGUGAUGCCCACGCCUGCGAGGAUCCCCUCAUCACCCCUGUGCCCACUUCGGAGAACCCCUUCCGGGAGAAGAAGUUCUUCUGUGCCCUCCUCUGAGUCGCCCCGUCCCUCCCCACAAGCUCUUCACCUUUCCUUCUCCUAGGCCCUUCCUUAGGUCAGUAACUGUCGUGAGCCCCUGAGGGUCCCUGCAUCCCAUCCCUAGCCCUUGUCCAACCCUGUGAGGUUAUCUGAAGCACAAGGCUCUCCGUCACCUA